ACCUGCUUGAUUGACGGUGAAAAGUACCGUGAAACUCCUCCCUUCGCUCGCAGGCAGUUGGGAUUGCUUCCUAUGCAAACGUGUCUCAGUAGAGUACAGCACAGUACAGACGGUUGCAGUAAAUACAGUGCUCCAGAGGCGGGGUUUGACCUCGCAGCUCUGAAAACAUCACUAAUCCAAUAUUUCAGGUGCGGAAGCCGACCAUUGCUCAAACUGCAACAGAAACACACACGACUCUUAAAACCGGUAUACUGCAAGUGAAUGGGAGGGCUAGUGACAAAAACUGGAAUUCUGAUUGAAGAAAGACCGUAAAGACGAUUACAGCUAAAUUGUUACACGUGCUAUUCUUUUAGUUAUUUGGUUUCAUUUAUAACGCGACAUCUAAGAAUUGUAACCACGCGCAACGACUGCUGGAAUUGGGACACUAGGCUACGUCAAUUUCCACUCUGGUUUCACUGAAACUCCAGCCGUUCCCAGUUCAAGAAUUAACAAAAAAUACAUUUGGAAGAUCCUGCCGAUUAACUACCUUGGAUAUACCUACUGCUGGAGAUAUUGGUCAUUAUUUUAAAAGAUCAGACCCCAUUGACAUACAAUGGCAAGCGCUGCCUGGAUAGAUCUUCGCUAUGGAUGAAGCUUGGAAAGGCCGAUCAAUUCCAAUUGACUGCCCUAUAACGUCCUGGCAAUGUGGAGAGCCCCCAGAGGCACUGAAUCCCCAGUGCAGAAUGAUCCAGGCUGGAGAAUGUCUAACACCCCUUCUUCAGGAUUUAAACAGCUACACAUAAGAACAAUCAGACGAGCGAUCUGUGACGAAAUAAUUUGUCUGGAUUCCAGACUUCCUAGCUAGGGACUUUCAGAUUUUUUUUUCCUGGUUUCUGUGACAUUUAAGACCUUUCAAAGUUUUGGACAAGGUAAAAUCACCUUCCUCUCAAGCUGCGGAGAGGUGGGAGUAGUCGCCCAUGUGUAGCAGGACAGUAACUGCUGCUAGCGGAAUAACGUAGCCUCAGACUGUCUGGGGUUCCUCUCGACGGGACGAGGGAUCCCACCGCUACUACCAAGCCCCAGUCUGCCUCACCGAGUGACUCCACUCACGUCAAAAGGCAGGCCCUCUAUCCAAUGGCAUGGGUCAAGUUCUUCAGGAAGCCGGGGGGCAAUCUCGCCAAGUCCUACCAGCCGGGGAGCAUGCUGUCUCUAGCCCCCACCAAAGGCCUGCUGAACGAGCCGGGGCAGAACAGCUGCUUUCUCAACAGUGCGGUGCAGGUACUGUGGCAUCUGGACAUCUUCAGACGCAGUCUGAGGCAGCUUCCUGGACACUUCUGUCUCGGAGACUCAUGUAUCUUCUGUGCGUUGAAGGGCAUCUUCUCCCAGUUCCAGCACAGUCGGGAGCGCGCCCUGCCCUCAGACAACCUGCGUCACGCCCUGGCCGAGACUUUUAAGGAUGAGCACCGCUUUCAGCUGGGCUUCAUGGACGAUGCUGCCGAGUGCUUCGAGAAUAUUCUGGAGAGGAUCCACCUGCAUAUUGUGCCUGAGGAGACCGAUGCCUGCACCUCCAAGUCCUGCAUCACACACCAGAAGUUUGCCAUGACACUCUAUGAACAGUCUGUCUGCCGUAGCUGUGGGGCAUCCUCCGACCCCCUGCCCUUCACUGAGCUAGUGCAUUAUGUCUCCACCACUGCCCUCUGUCAACAGGUGUAUCAGAGGCGGGAUGAGUCAUUUGGAGAGCUGCUGCAAGCGGCCAGUACCAUCGGGGAUUCCCGUAACUGUCCGAGUAACUGUGGCCAGAGGAUCAAGAUCCGCCGCGUCCUCAUGAACUCUCCAGAGAUAGUCACCAUCGGUUUCGUGUGGGACUCGGACCAGUCGGACCUCACAGAGGACGUCAUUCGCUCGCUGGGGCCACACCUCAACCUUUCCGGGCUCUUCUACCGGGUGACAGACGAGCACGCCAAAAAGGGAGAGUUGCUCUUGGUUGGGAUGAUCUGUUACUCCAGCCGCCACUACUGUGCCUUCGCCUUCCACACCAAAUCCGCCAAAUGGGUCUUCUUCGACGACGCCACCGUCAAAGAGAUUGGGACCCGGUGGAAAGACGUGGCCACCAAAUGCAUCAAAGGRCACUUCCAGCCCCUCCUCCUAUUCUACUCCAACCCAGACGGCAGCGCCAUCUCCGUAGACGACGCCUCGCGCCAGAACUGCGAUCACUCCCGCUACAAGGCCUCRGUCAACGGAGACGUCCAAGCGCCUGAGUCUACAGUUCCAGGCCCCAAGAAGUUGGACCUGACCAGGGAGAACCUGAAUGCCCUGCUGGGCCUUGGRGGCUUGAAACAGAAGAGCCAGAACCCCUCUAUCCAUAGUUCCACCUUUACCAGGGGCAGCGGCCAGACUAGCGGGGGCCGAGGACCAGUGACACUGGGCACCAGUGAUCCUAAGAGCCGUCUGAAGGACAUCUCCAGAGAAGUGGCCCAGAAGGCAGGGGAAAUCCAGGGGAUGCACCCUUCCAGGAGAGACCAGGACAAGAUGGAGAGGAGGAGACAGGAUGCCCACUACAGAGAUCCAAUCCCAGAGAGGUACUCACGCUCCGCCUCCCCACCGGAGAAUGGCUUCAAGCAGUACCUGGAUACGCACCUGUACGCCAGCCAGGGCAAAGGGCCCACCAAGACAGAGAGGACCCCCCACUUUGGCGGCAGGUCCUCCUCACACGAGGGGCCUCCUCGCUCCCACUCCAGGGUCCAGGUACAACCAGCCCCUCCCAGCAGUAGGGGCUUCGGUGGCGGCCAUUACAGCCGGAGACUGGAGCAGCUCUCCAACGGCUAUGACACAGACAGCAGCCGGGAGGGCAGCCGUAAUGACAACUCCAGCUCCAGCAGCAGCAGUAGUAGCAGCAGGCCCAGUCGGCCAUGGAAGCCCAUGCGUGAGGUGCUAAACGUGGAUAGUGUGAUAAGCGGUGGUGGUGGUAGUGGUGGUAGUGGUGGUGGUGGAAGGGGUCACGAGCGCCGGGAGCACAGCCCCCACCGGAGACCUUCCAGCCAGGAGAGGACGUCACACCCCAACGAAAAAGACAGGGACCGGGACUUCACAUGGGGUGGGCGUGAAGAGCACAAGCCCAAGAGCCUGAUGACCAUCUAUGAGGACGAGCAGCGUCCUGAAACGGGCGGCAGCCGCAGUUCGGUGGAGUCGGAGGGCAAGGACAGGUCAAAGGGCACCACUGUGAUGGCAGACACACUAAAGGUGCGCAGCGACAACUGGAAGAUCCAGCGCACAGAGUCAGGAUACGAGAGCAGCGAGCGGCUUAGCAACGGCUCGGCCAACCUGGACUCACCCGUGGUGGAGAACUUUAUGUCCAAAGAGCUGAGGCCCAUACCUGAGGUACACCUGACAAGGGACCCUUUCUCUCACCGGAGAGGUGACGACUCCAAGGCCCACAUCUUGCACUCCUCCUUCUCCUAUGGUGAACACCCAACAAAGUCUCCAGACCUGCAAGAUGCACAUCUCAAAUUGAGUCCAAGAUUACAAAGAAGACGAGCCUUCCGAUAUACGCCUGGAAUUCUGGAGAGGAGGGACGGUAUGGAUGAUGAGCAGGAGGAUAACGUCGAUGGCAGCCCCAGCCCGGUCAGCCCCUUUCCCCCAUACCUGGCCAAGACCAGCAGCUCUGAGUGGAACAGCUCCGACAACCUCACCGGGCCCUUCUCCGAACAGGAAGAGACCAGGCCACUGGUCCCCAGAGAACCCUCCCCCCAACCUCAUUACCAUAACCUAGCCCCGCCUCUCCCCCCAAAGACUUACGCCCACCGAUCGACAGACCAGUCAGGCUUCCGCACUCACCAGCUCCAAGAGCCCUCCCGGACAAGCCCCCGGAACGAGAGCAAAAAUGGUCCGAUCCCGUCCCUCUCCCACACCACCCUCCACAGGUGGAUCGAGACGCCCCCCGAGCACAAGCUCUCGUCUGAUGCAAGCUCCAAGUCAGGCUCGUCGGACCAGGACCGGAACGAUCUGUCGGCCAGUGAGAGUGGAGAGGAGAGGUUCCCCAGCCCAAGGCCAGGGGACGACAUGGAUGACCUAGACUCCCCGAUCGCACGGGGGAUGGUUCUCCCCAUGGUCCUCCCCACCACAUACUUCUCUGUGGACAACUGUAUGACGGACACAUACCGGGCCAAGUACCACCAGAGGUCCACCCUAUACACGGACACUAAAGGUGGGGAACAACACGCGUCGUCUGGUGAGAGCGACCUGGGAGAUGGGUGGCUCCCCAUCCCUGAGGCCCAACCUGCAGAGCCCCCCAAGAGCCGGCCUGAAUUAGGUUACUCCACCAGUAAACAUACUGCAAAAUGGAAUCCUGUAACACCCAAAGGACUUGAUGAACAUGGGUUUCUAUGAUAGAAACUCCUGUUGAAGGGCCUGGUACGAAAGCCACAGUUAAAACAAUCAUCUCCUCCUACAAGUUUUGAGACCUUCUUACGGUGAUGCUUAUUUGUACAGAUCUCAUAUCAGAAGUCAAACAUGAAUCUGGAAUGCCAAAGAGAUUGGRAACUCCCAAAGGCAGUAACAACUAGUCUGAAGAGUACUUUUCAGUUCAGCAGUAGUCACAGGAGUCUUGCGCCACCCCUGCAGAACAGUCUUUCUGCAGAGCAAUCUUAGUACCAUUGUGAUUGUGGCCACUAGAUGGCAGCUGCAGUAAUUGUGGAUUUGCACAGUAGAAAGCCCCAAAAACUACCGAAAGAGGAUCUAAACCUAGGAUGGUUAUUGGUCAACGCAGGGACCUCCUCGAACUUACUUCCAAGGUCAUCCACUGAGUUGAAUCACAGAAUGUCUCCCACAAAGCCACUUUUUCCCCUUAAGAGAUUAUCAAAUACAAUACCCGUAACAAUGACAAUAACCCGUCUCUAACCCAUUUACAAUUUACGCAGAUAAUCAUUGGAAUGCUUGUAUUUCUUUCUGGAAUUAUGCUAAUUUAAGUGUUAUARGGUUACUGUGCUACUUCUGCCUAUGUAACAAUGCACAGGGUGAGGUAAAUAAGCCUUGAGCAGGUUUUUAGUUUUUGGCUUCAGUAUGGAUUCAUUCAUGGAAUAAGAUUUUUCAGUUUGUGGACACUAGGGCUGGCACAAUUACCGUUUAACUAUGUGACCAACGGUUAUGGAUUAAGACUGUCAUGAUAAUAAAAUAACCUUCAUAACUGUAAA